AUGGCGGCCUCCGUGCUGCAGACGUGCCAUGUAGCCUGCUGUGCAAACAGGACUCCUCAUGUUCUCUCAUGGAGCCGAAGAGACUUAAUCGCCUUCGGGACUUGCAACUCAGUUGCCCUUUACGAUCCACAGGAGAUAAAGAUUAUUGAGCUCCUGAAUAAGCAUACUGGAAGGGUCAAUGCUGUCCAGUGGGUUCAUAGAGAAGACUGUGGCCCAGAAAAGCAGCUUGUAUCAGGAGGGUCAGAUAAUGCUGUUAUUUUGUGGGAGGAGCGAGAUGGCAAGUAUACGUCUUCUGCAGUUUGCUCUGGUCACUCGGGACCAGUGUGUGCAGUGGAUGGUGUGUCUCUGGCUUCCGGACAGUCACUUCUAGCCUCUGCAUCAUCAGAUUCUACUGUCAAGCUGUGGACAUACAGCAGUGGAGAAGCUGAAUGCCUCCAGACCAUAUCUUUUGGGAGCGGCUUCAUGAUGGAUGUCUCCUUAGCACUGUUGCCAGGCAGCGAAGUGCCCGUCUUGGCUUGUGGUGGAGAUGACAGUAAAGUCUAUCUGUAUGUGCAGCUCAGUGGACAGUUUCAGAAGGUACUCACACUUCAAGGCCAUGAGGAUUGGGUUCGUGGGGUGGAAUGGGCGGCCAACGAUGGGGAGCUCCUUUUGGCCAGUUGUUCUCAGGACUGUCUGAUCAGAGUGUGGAGGCUGGUGGUUAAGUGUGCACCACAGUCGGAGAUGGCAGCUGAAGGAGACAUCAAGAUGAAGGAGGAUGUGUUUGAGGCGAAGGGAAAUGUAUACGCAGUGACUCUUGAGACAGUAUUAGCUGGCCAUGAGAACUGGGUGUAUGGCAUCCACUGGCAGCCACCAGUUAACAAAGGGGGCUCGGUGGAACAGCCUCUGAGUCUGCUCUCUGCCUCCAUGGACAAGACCAUGAUCCUUUGGGGGCCAGAGGACUCGUCAGGUGUGUGGGUGGAGAAGGUGCGUGUUGGGGAGGUAGGAGGAAACACGCUGGGCUUCUUUGGCUGCCAGAUGAGCCCUGACGGCUCCAAGAUUCUGGCUCAUGCUUUCCACGGAGCGCUGCACCUAUGGUAUAAAGACCAGGGCCAGCAGGGAGAGUGGAGUCCAGGAGUGGUGUUGUCGGGGCACUUUAAUGCAGUGCAGGAUCUGAGCUGGGAUCCAGAAGGGGAGUUUCUACUCAGCGUCGGCUCAGACCAGACCACCAGGCUCUUUGUGCCAUGGAGAAGAAACUGCUCACAGGUGACUUGGCACGAGAUUUCCAGGCCUCAGAUUCACGGCUAUGACAUGCAGUGCCUGGCCACGGUUGGCCGAUUCCAGUUUGUCUCUGGAGCAGAUGAGAAGGUGCUGCGUGUGUUCAGGGCCCCACGCAACUUUGUGGAGAACUUUGCCAACAUAGCGGGCACCUCUCUGGAGAAACUCAUGGCUUCUACUGAUGCAGCAGGUUUACCCGAAGGAGCGAGCACACCUGCUCUUGGCCUCUCCAAUAAGGCUGUGUUUCAAGGUGACCUUGCAAUUCAGAACACGCAGGUGGAAGGGGAAAAUUUCAACAGUGUGUCUGACCAAUACAAGGAGUCCUACUUCCACCCUCUCAGUCUAACAGAGCCCCCACCAGAGGAUCACCUUCUCCAAAACACUCUUUGGCCUGAGGUUCAGAAGCUGUAUGGUCAUGGCUUUGAGAUGUUCUGUCUGGCAUCAGAUUCUUCAAGAACAGUGGUGGCCUCAGCGUGUAAGGCGUCUAAAGCAGAGCACGCAGCCAUCCUGCUCUGGAGCGCCUCCUCCUGGAAACAGCUGCAGGCACUCCCUUGCCACAGCCUGACUGUCACUCAGAUGGCAUUCUCCCAAGAUGGACGGCUGCUCCUCGCCGUGUCCCGAGAUCGCACCUGGUCUCUAUGGAGAAGGGAGGACCCUGGCGCUGACAGCUCAGAGCCUCGUUUCUCCCUCUACACUCACAGCACUAAGGACUCAGCGGUGCACACACGCAUCAUUUGGUCAUGUGACUGGAGCCCUGACAAUAAGUACUUUGUGACGUCAAGUCGGGAUAAGAAGGUAAUAAUGUGGGGUCACCGUGGCUCUGAGGAUUGUGUUGGUAAGAACAACAGCACAGUUGUUAGUCCCUGCUCCUCUGUCCUGGAUGUAGGGGAUUCAGCCACUGCUGUGGCUAUCUGCCCUCUUAUUCUCUCUGACCAAAGCUACCUCUUGGCGGUGGGUCUAGAGAGUGGACGGAUCGUGCUGUAUAAAUGGAGGCCGAUGGAGGACCUGUAUUCAGGGUCAGACUGGAGCAAGUGUGCUGAAACUGAUGCCUCCCAGAGUCACACUCUGGUGGUAAAGAGACUGCGCUGGAGGCCCAGGGCUGGUCAGGCUGGCCAGCGGGAUGAAAGUGAAUGCCAGAGCAAGAGCGGCCACCCUGCCUGGGUCCAGCUAGCCAGUGCAGGAGCUGACCACGCCGUCAAAAUCUUCAGCAUCAACACACUGACUCUGUAGCAGCCCGACACCGACGGCCUCCAGUGGUGCCCUCAGCCCCUUCACUCUGACAGACACUCUCCAGGACUGGACUGCUUACACUUCAAGUUAUCCACAGUGUGUGUAGUGACUGAUCUGCUGCUGAAAGAACAGUUGUUUAAUAGCUCUACUCAUGUUCAGUGAAGGGGGAAACAGUGCUGUUUUGUCUGUGCUGAAGUUUUCUGUUAAAUGCCUAAAGACAUAUUGUACUAUUUAAUGUUUUAUAUAAAAACAAAAAGGUUGUAAUAAAUGACUCCUUUGUAG